AGGCCAGGCAGAGGCUGCUCGGGCUGAUGGGGGCUCUGCCUGCCUUGGGGCACCUGCCAGACCCAGUCCUCCCUGUGAGGUGGCUGGGGUGGUCUCUACCCAGCCUGGCCUCCCGGAGAUCCCUCUUCUUGGAUGUGUGCCCUCCCCAGAGCUGAGCCAUCUGAACCCCUGGACCUCCACAGCCCUCAGCACCCCCACCCUGAGUGAGAGCCCCCCGUGAAUGAGCCCAAACGCCUCCAGGGCAGAUGUGAUGAGUCACUCUUGCACUCCCCCGUGUGGCCAAAGCAAAUCACCAAUGAAGAUUCGCCGAACACGAAGGUGAAUCUGUACCUGCGACUGAGGACGGGGCAAAUUAGCUUUUGCCCUGUGAACCUCCACCCUGCAAGGUCCGGGGCUCCCUUCAGAGCCUCUUGACCCUUGUCUGGAUGGAGGGGAAGGCCCGGCAGGACGGACGCUCGCAGGCUCACGUAGCUGCCCAUGCACGGCCACACUCACCAUCCGCCCACUCUCUAGUAGGUGCUCUGGGACCUGUCCCUAGGACACCAGAAGACCAGUGGUUCCUCUUCCGGUCCCUGGAGCCCUGAUUCACACUUUUAGAACACUCUGUGGGCUGUGCCUCAGAGGUCUGCCUACGUUCGACUCUGUGAGGGCUGUGGUUUGAUCAUAUCCAUCCUUAGACUCCAAAGCUUGAACGGAUGGCUGGGCAGAAACUGGGCGGGGAGGGUCUUGCUAGAUGGAAGAAUGGAAGGCCAGAUGGGAGAGGGAAACAUGGAGAAGGGUGGGAGAAGGAUUAACUGUGAUUGUGGGGUUCGUGGUUGUACAGACGAUAAGGGUGGUCCAAAUGGGGAUGGCUGUUGGGGAUCAAGAGUGUUGAUGAUGGAAGUGGUGAUGGUGUCGGUGGUUGUAAUAAAGACAUCAGCAACAAGGACGGUGUUAUUGACCGUAAUGAUGGGAAAGGUGACCACAGAAUGGUGGUGAUGAUCACAUCCUCAUGAUGGGAAGGAUGUGGCCAGGGAGGGAAAAAAAGGAUGUGACCGUAAUAUGGAAGGGGUAUUAGUGAUCACGAUGAGGUUGCUAGUGUAGGGAUGAUAGUGAUAAUCAUGAUAGUGGUGUUGAAGGUAUUAAGGAUGAUGGUUUUGAUGGGAUGAUGAUGAUGGAGAUGGGGAUGGGAAUAUGAUGAUGAUGCUGGUGAUGGUGAUGCUGGUGAUUAUGGUGAUGGUGGUGAUGAUGGAGAUGAUGACGAUGGUGGGAUGGUAAUGGUGUUGAUGGUGAUAAUAGUGAUGGUGGUGAUUAUGGUGAUGGUGGUGAUGAUGGUGAUGGUGGUGAUGGAGAUGAUGACAAUGGUGGUGAUGGUGAUGGUGAUGAUGGUGAUGAUGGUGAUGGUGGUGGUGAUUAUGGUGAUGGUGAUGGUGUUGAUGGUGAUAAUAGUGAUGAUGGUGAUUAUGGUGAUGGUGGUGAUGGUGAUGGUGGUGAUUAUGGUGAUGGUGAUGAUGACGAUGGUGGGAUGGUAAUGGUGUUGAUGGUGAUAAUAGUGAUGGUGGUGAUUAUGGUGAUGGUGGUGAUGGUGAUGAUUAUGGUGAUGGUGGUGAUGGAGAUGAUGACAAUGGUGGUGAUGGUGAUGAUGGUGAUGGUGAUGAUGGUGAUGGUGGUGAUGGUAGUGAUGGAGAUGAUGAUGAUGGUGAUGGUGUUGAUGGUGAUAAUAGUGAUGAUGGUGAUUAUGGUGAUGGUGGUGAUGGAGAUGAUGACGAUGGUAAUGGUUGAUGGUGAUAAUAGUGAUGAUGGUGAUGAUGGUGAUGGUGGUGGUGAUUAUGGUGAUUAUGGUGAUGGUGGUGAUGGUAGUGAUGGAGAUGAUGACGAUGGUGAUGGUGUUGAUGGUGAUAAUAGUGAUGAUGAUGGUGAUGAUGGUGAUGGUGGUGGUGAUGUGAUGAUGGUAAUCAUUGUGGUGUCCAGGGUGAUGUGGUGAAGGAGGAGAUGACAUUGUUGGUGUCAGUGCCGGAAUUGGUGAUGGUGGUACUGAUAACUGGCACUUGGUUUUGGUGUGAGUGAUGAAGACGUUGGCCAGGUGAAGGCCAUGGGUGAUGAGAGGGGUGAUAAUGGUGGUACCAGGCUCUGAGUGGACUGAGAACUUUUUCCAGGACCGGCUUAGACAGCCGUCCACAGGUUUAACUGCCUGCCGCCCAACCUCCUGCCCCAGAUGUGGGCUGGCAGGGGAAGUCACUCUCAUUCUCUUACGUUUGUCCUCCAGGGAGGCUGUGGCACGGCCCUGGGCCUCUCCCCAGUGGCAGUGGGUCUUGUGGGAGCGCCUCUUACUGAGGGUGGGAUCGGGUCACGGCCACACUGUUCCUAGCACAGGCAGCCUGAGCCUGCAGGUCUAUGGGACGGCCCUCCAGACGCCUCCUCCCGCCUCUCGGGGCUCACUCUCAACUUGACACUGAGGCCCUUGUGGGCUCCUGUCACGACAUUUUAUUUUUAUGGAGAAAAAGGCAGCAUCCACUCGGUUCAGGGAACGUGGUUUCAUUGUGUGGCGCUUAGGCUAUAAAUCGAGGGCUCGUUUCCAGCUGGGGCGUGCAGGGGACUGGCGGCUCCCCGAGCAGCUCCUGCUAUGGAAAUGGGGCCAUGUGCCACGAAUCCCUCAGUUGAGGCCUCUGCUCCGGCGAUGGGCCCACCUCGGCUGUCUCUGGCCUGGGUGGGGUCCGUGGGCUGGGGCCAGUGGGCUGGGUGGCGCCUAGGGAGGGGAACCCCUUGUCUGCCUGGCUCGCAGUGUCAUUCUGUCUGCCUCAGGCACGGAAAUCUGACUUCCCAUGGCUGAGGCCAGUGUCUGGGGGUGUCCCUAGGUUCCCGGGAUUCCCAGACCCUGCCCAGACCAGGUCUAAAGGAGCCCAGACUCCAAGCCCCACCUGUUGGGGCCCCACAGGGCCCUGGGGAUAGCCCGAGGGCUCUGGGGUCAGUGGGUGAAUAUCCCUUAGUGGAGGUGUGGGCAAGGGCCUGGUUUAUACCUCCCAUGACCUCAGUGCGCCCCGCCAUCACCCCUGGGCAGGAGGAGGCCAAGAGAGCAGGCCCUGGAGGCUGUGGCGUUAGCGGAGGUUUUGGAAGUAAAGUGGGGAGGGGGGUGUUCCGGGCCCUUGCAGGAGUGGAUCUGGGGGCGUGCCAGGCAGAAGGGCCCCUGUUUCC